AAGCACACUUUUUUAUUAGUUAGAAUGCAUGAAAAAAAAAAUACAUCUAUCUUCAUGUCUUUCAUAAUGAUUGUGAACUAUAGACAAAAAAAAGUGCAGUUCCCCUUUAAUUGCUGGCGACCAAGACACUCCUUGACUGGCUGAGGGAUACACAAACCACCUUGCCUGACUCCUGAAAAGGAGUCCUUUUUUCGAGGUGGUAUUUGGUGGAAAAAAGUUGGAGAACCACUGGGUUAGACAUUUGAUGUUUGAGCGCAACUCUUGAUGAUCUUGAUUUUGAUCAUUCUAUUGAUAACCCUUGGUGCACUGCCUCACUCCUCUGCCAUAUACUAAAUGACUGGAUCCUGUCAAAACACAGUUAUAUAGAAAUAAAUCCCUUUAUGAGCUGAUAAGAUAAGAUGGUACAUCUUCUACGAGUGGAAGGGCAGAUUAGAUAUGAUGAUAGUCUGCCUCUUCUUUUGUAAUAUCGGUUUGAGGUUGAAUUUUGUGCAGUAUAAUCAGUCCUAUAAACAGAUAUAUAGCCCAUUUCUACACUAAAAACAGUGAUGGAUCAGUGAUAAGCCACUCUUAAGACUCAACCUGCACUCACAUAUUUAGUCAGAACAAAGUGUUGAUUGAAAUUUUCAGACAUGCGUUUUCUCUGCUUAUUUGUCUUUGGAGUGAUAGCCAGUGCUCCUUGUGCAGCAGCCCCAUCAGGAGAUUAUGUUUCUGGGCUGCAUUCUGUUUUCCGUGGGUCUACCAGGAACAAGCUGCUACUCAUCUCUUUCGAUGGGUUCCGCUGGGAUUAUGACCAAGACGUGGACACCCCCAAUCUGGAUAAAAUGGCCAAGGAUGGAGUGAAAGCCAAGUAUGUCACCCCGCCAUUCCUCACUAUCACCAGCCCAACGCACUUCACCCUGCUCACAGGGCGUUAUGUGGAGAAUCAUGGAGUGAUUCACAACAUGUGGUUCAACACGUCCACCCAGGAGAAGAAGCAGUACUACAUGACCCAGUUUGUUGACUCCUACUGGGACAACGGCAGCUUGCCCAUCUGGAUAACAGCACAGAGACAGGGUCUAAAAGCAGGCUCUCUACAUUUUCCUGGCACGGCUGCUACCUACAAAGGAGAGAUAGUGAAAGUGAGGAAAGUGGAACCUCGUUUCUAUGACUAUUCAAACGAGACAGAAUGGAGGCGUAACAUCGACAAGGUUAUCGGAGAGUGGUUCCACCAACAGGACCUAGACUUUGUCUCCUUGUAUUUUGGGGAGCCAGAUAAGGUUGGCCACAAAUAUGGACCUGAUUCCCCAGAACGUCGGGAGAUGGUCCAGCAAGUGGAUCGUACUGUGGGCUACAUCCGAGAUGAGAUCUAUUACCAUGGUCUGGCUGACCGACUCAACAUCAUCAUCACUGCUGACCACGGGAUGACUAAUGUCUUUCGGGGAGGACAAGUUCAGGAGAUCAUCUUGUCUCAGAUCCCAGGUUUUAGCUUCAGGGAUAUCAAAUUUCAUCUUGUGGAUUAUGGCCCUGCUGGAAUGCUGCUUCCAAAAGAAGGGAUGUUGGAGAAAGUCUAUCAAGCGCUGAAGGGAGGACACCCUCGCCUUCACGUGUACAAAAAGGAGGACAUGCCAGAGAGACUACACUACGGUAAUCACCCACGACUUCUUCCCAUCAUCCUCUUUGCUGAUCCUGGAUAUGUCAUCAAUGGGUUGUUUCCUGUCCAGUUUCACAAAGGAGAGCACGGCUUUGACAAUGAGGUGUUAGACAUGAAGCCCUUCUUCAGGGCAGUAGGGCCUGACUUAAAAAAAAAUGUAGUCGUUGAACCCUUUGAGACGGUCAAUGUUUACACAUUGAUGUGCUAUCUACUUGGCAUAGAACCAGAGGUCAAUGAUGGGCACCUAGACAACACUAAACAUCUGCUGAUCCCAAAGAAAAACACAGGAGACAAUGACGGUCAAAAACAGGAUACAGUGUCACCGCUUGUGAUUGGUUUAUCAACAGUGACUGGGUUUCUGGCACUGGUGUUUGUAGCAGUGACUUCCCACACGUUCUGGAAAAGGAGGCCAGCAGAAGAGAGUUUUGAACAGAAGUACAGUGCUGAUGAGGAGACCACACACGACAAGCAAACCAGUUUCUGAGAGCUCACAAAAACAUUAUCCUUAAUUGCAAAUUAGCACUUUCCGUUCCUUUACAUAGCACUAUUAUAUGAAAUACAUGAGGUAUUAUUAAUAAUUCUUACCAUAGAGUCAUUGAUUUGGUUGGUUUGUUCGUAUAGGGAAUGUUAAAUUAAAUGCCUCAAUUUUUAAGUGUUAUAACAUUGUGGGGGGUUUAAUCAUUUCAAGACAAUUGUGUUUAAUGACCAUGAUCAUAUGCAACAUAUGAUCAAUACAUCCUGCAUUCUUCUGCUUUUGUGUACCUUCAACGCGUUCCUUUUAUAACCACUUUGUAACGUCUUACCUAGAUGAACCUUAUCACGCUUGAAAUAAAUCCUUCAUUUGAAACGCAAA